AUGCCAUCCUCUAAAGAAGAUUUGGCGUUGGGAAUUGUCGAUUUCCUGAAAACCUCGAUGGCCGACGGCACCAUCGCCGAGGAAGACCGGGAUUCGGUUGAAGUCGCUGUCGAGUGCUUGUCUGAGAUUUUCAAGGUUGAUCUGUCGCGCAAGCAGGAGGUUUUCCCUAAACAGACCCUGUUAUCGAUCUUCCAGGCUUACGAGAAAGUCCGCGAUGCGCAGGCUGCGCGUGCUGCCUCGUCGACUCCGGCUGCCACAUCGACACCCGCGCCCGCCGCCGCCACCCCUUCUACUCCUACAGUGUCUGACGAAGACAAGGCCAAAGCCGAGGCUCUCAAGGCCGAGGGAAACAAAUUUGUUGCCUCAAGAGAUUAUGAGAAGGCGAUUGACGCAUACACAAAAGCGAUCGAGCUUGAUGGAACCAACAAGAUUUACUACUCCAACCGUGCUGCUGCCUACUCGGCCUCGAAGGCUCACGACUUGGCAAUCAAGGACGCCGAGAAAGCCCUUGAGAUUGACCCGAAAUACGCGAAGGCCUACUCUCGUCUCGGACUAGCAAAGUACGCCAGUGGUGAUCCUCAGGGCGCUAUGGAGGCUUACAAGGCCGGUAUGGACGCCGAAGGAAACGGUGGAUCCGACGCUAUGCGUAAGGGAUACGAAACCGCAAAGGCUCGUGUCGAGGAGGAUCUCUACUCUGCUGUUCCAGAAGAUUCCGGUGUCACCGAGCGGGGAACAGGAGGUGCUGCUGGCGCAGCGGGCGGGAUGCCUGACCUUUCCUCACUCGCGGGAAUGUUCGGAGGUGGCGGUGGCAUGCCUGAUCUCUCUUCUUUGAUGAGCGAUCCUAGAAUCUCGCAGAUGGCUCAACAAUUCAUGUCGAACCCCGGUGCUCUUGAGGGUCUGAUGAGCAACCCUUCUGUCCGAAGCAUGGCUGACCGCGUCAGAGGUGGAAACAUGCCUAGCAUGCAGGAGAUGAUGAACGAUCCUAACAUUGCCAACUUGGCACGGAAUUUCAUGGGAGGCUCAGGCGAUAACGCCGAGCAAUAA